CAUCAUUACACAGACUCUGCUACUGAAACAUCCAAUUUCUUUGGGGAUUUUGGACAUCCUAAACAAAAGGGCCGAAGAAGCGCUGUGACCUCUACAAUGGCAGACGUCCUGCAGCUCAAUACCAACAGUCUACAAGUGCCAGGUGAAGAUAGAUCAGCCUCUACAUCUCCAUCUGGUUCUCCAUCUCCUUCCAGAAAUGAGUGCAGUAUCACUCCUCUUACUCCCUCCCCCUCUCCACGGACAGAGGUUAGACCAUGUGUGGCUCGUCCAUUUUCUGUGGUUGUUGCUAUAGAUUUUGGCACCACCUCCAGUGGCUAUGCAUUCAGUUUCACAAAAGAUCCUGAGACCAUUCACAUGAUGAGACGGUGGGAGGAUGGUGACCCUGGUGUAACCAAUCAGAAGAGUCCAACUUGUCUGCUGCUGACCCCUGACCUCCGGUUCCACAGUUUUGGCUUUGCAGCUCGAGACAGCUAUCAUGACCUUGACCCUGAGGAAGCCAGGCAUUGGCUCUACUUUGACAAAUUCAAAAUGAAAAUCCACAGCACUAGUGAUCUCACUAUGGAGACCGAGCUGGAGUCUGUUAGUGGAAGAAGAGUUCGGGCUAUUGAGGUGUUUGCUUACGCCUUGAGGUUCUUCAGAGAACAUGCUUUAAAGGAGGUGAAGGACCAGUCUUCCUCUAUGCUGGAAGGUAAUGAAGUACGGUGGGUCAUCACUGUUCCUGCGGUGUGGCGGCAGCCAGCUAAGCAGUUCAUGCGAGAAGCUGCGUAUUUGGCAGGUUUGGUGACUCCAGAUUCUCCUGAGCAGCUCCUCAUUGCUCUCGAACCAGAAGCUGCAUCUAUCUACUGCAGGAAGCUCCGUCUAUACCAGGUCAUUGACCUCAGUCAACGACCAGUAAUCAACGGUUUAGAUGUGGACGGGUCUCGCCCUUUCGAUUCCAGUUUUAGGCAAGCCCGCGAGCAGCUCCGCAGAGCCAGGCAUAGCCGCACUUUUCUGGUGGAGAGUGGUACUGGAGAAUUGUGGUCUGAGAUGCAGACAGGUGACCGGUACAUUGUGGCAGACUGUGGUGGUGGGACAGUGGAUCUGACGGUGCAUCAGAUUGAGCAGCCACAGGGCACUCUGAAGGAGCUUUACAAAGUCUCAGGGGGUCCUUAUGGAGCAGUUGGUGUGGAUCUUGCCUUCGAGGCCAUGUUGUGUCAGAUCUUUGGGGCAGACUUCAUUGAGAGUUUUAAAGCUAAACGUCCAGCAGCUUGGGUAGACCUUACUAUUGCAUUUGAAGCCCGAAAGCGCACAGCAGCUCCUGGCCGGGCCAACUCAUUAAACAUCUCGCUGCCUUUUUCCUUCAUUGACUUCUACAAGCGAGACCGGGGGCAGAGUGUGGAGACUGCCCUGCGCAAGAGCAAGAUGAAUUUUAUAAAGUGGUCAUCUCAAGGGAUGCUGAGGCUGUCUGCGGAAGCCAUGAAUGAGCUUUUCCAGCCGACCAUCAACAACAUCAUAAAACAUGUUGAGAACCUGAUGCAGAAGGAGGAAGUAAAGGAUGUGCGUUUUCUCUUCUUGGUUGGAGGAUUUGCAGAGUCACCCAUGCUUCAGCGUGCGGCACAGAAUGCACUAGGGAGCAACUGCCGUAUUAUAAUUCCACAUGACGUAGGUCUAACCAUCCUGAAGGGUGCAGUCCUAUUUGGUCUAGACCCCACUGUUGUCCGUGUACGCCGUUGCCCAUUAACUUACGGUGUUGGGGUUUUGAACCGCUUUGUGGAAGGCCGACACCCUCGUGAUAAGCUUCUCAUCAAAGAUGGCCGAGAAUGGUGCACUGACAUCCUGGACCACUUUGUAAGCGUUGAUCAAUCGGUGGCCUUGGGAGAGGUGGUGAGGCGGAGCUACACUCCAGCGAGAAUGGGACAAAGGAAGAUCAUCAUCAACAUCUACUGCAGCGACACUGAUGACAUAACCUACAUUACCGACCCCGGGGUGAGGAAGUGUGGUGCCAUCACGCUAGACCUGCUUGAGUCAGGGGCAGUGGCAGCUAGCGCUGGUGAUAACGAUAAAGGACCAGCAUUUGAACGCAGGGAGAUUCGCACGACGAUGCAGUUUGGAGACACUGAGAUCAAAGUCACAGCUGUUGAUGUGGCAACCGGCCGACUGGUGUGGGCAUCAAUUGACUUCCUGUCCAACUGAUCCUAUUGUGCUGUUUCUGGAGAGAACUGGAAUGCGAAUGUGAUGGACAUUUAACAACAGUUAAUCUCAUCAAUUAAUGGCUUAAAUAAUAGCUUUGAGGUUGAAGAUCUGGAUAUCCAAGGAUUGCUGAUAUAAAAGCUGGAAGGCUGAACGAUAACCUGGAGCGUUACUGGGAUUCCCUUUUAUUGUGCAAAGCACCAGCUCCGAGGACUGUCUCCUAUACGAAGUGUACUGUAAGCUUUGGAUAAGAAAGAUUCUAAAUUAUAUGAAAUGAGGCAAAGAAUUAACCAGAUCUUCGGACGGGAAUUUCAUUUACAUUAUCAAAUAAUCUGAAAUAUUUGCCAUAAGGUCUGUAAAUGCAUUUCCUAUUAGUUUAUUAACACAGAGGAACUAGUUUCAGUUCAGUUACUCCUUGUGGUGAUUUGCAGUAAGUAGAUAUUAUAUUCCUUCUAAGAUUGCAGACACUUAGUAUUUAAAUUGAUUUAUCAAUUAAAGCCACUUAAGUUUUAUUUUUUUAAACAUUCUCUAUAACUAUACAUGAAUCAAUUAAAAACUUCAAAGACAAAAUCAACACAUCUUUAGUUUUAAAUGAUGGUUGCGCCACCUGGAGAUAGGAAGAGGAAGUGAUCAAUCAGAAUGAGGUUAAGAGUACAAAACAGGCAUUUACAUCAUACAAACCUUUUUUUUUUUGGCCUGGUUAUAAUUGUAGUUUUACUUAUUUGCUCCUCAAAGAAUCUGAUUGAGACAUUUAGGUUUGUUCUUUAUUAUAUGUAGGCACAGUUAAAAUAGCUAAAGCUUAUGAAACACUACCUCUCAAGACUUUAAAUUAUACCAGGCCUAAACUUACCGUUAUUAUAACAUGUUUAUGCUUUCAUCUGUCUUGUAUAAGCAAUAUAGUUGGCUUUUUAUCUAUACAGGAGCUAAGAAAACUGUUAUUAUUUUAUAAGAAACCUGCUUCAAGGAUGUUGGUAAUACUACUAUUAAAUAUGCUGGACAUUAGUCUGACACAAGGCAAUCAAGCUAGGCGUUAAAUCACAUCACACUGUUGGCAUAUAGUCCUAAAAGUCAGAUUUUAGUUUAAUACAUACUAUGAAACUGUUUGUAUACUAAAUCACAAUGCCUCAAAAUAAAAUAUAUUUUUCUUUAAAUGCUAUAAUGUAAAACAUUUAAAUUCUAAUGU